GUAUUCAGGCCCAUCUCUUUCAUUUGGGGUUUCAAAGGGAGUUAUGGUUUGUUUUGACACCGAUGUUAUGUUGAUGCAACCGAUCGUUCUGCACCAACCUGCUGGGUUUUAGUCUAAGGCGGCGGGGGCGGUAAUAAGAAAAGCGGUGUGUGUAAGGACGACACCAAACUCCCAUCAGUUUCGAUGAAAACCGAGACGGUCUCCCAGUAAACAUAUUGGAAAUAAAUCUCAUUAAAUAUAAGUGAGAUUUCUUCCGAAUUAAAAAAAAAAUCUGAGAAAGAGAGUCCGGCAACCGGGGAGAGGCCACAGAGCAACAGCGGGGAGAUAGCAAUGCAGGUCAAUUACGUAGACUUUCAUUCAAGGCGCUUCUUGGGGUUUUGCUUCUGUUUACGGAGUUUCGGACGCCAACUCGCAGCGCCAUUGCCGGAAGAAGUCCUGGGGCUCCUGACAGUGACGGGUGUCAUAUGACCCAAGGAAAGAUGGCCGAAGACGGGCAGAGCGGCGAGGAACUUGCGGCUGGAUCGAGAGAAGAUUUUGAAGUCGUUGAUUGCGCCCAGAUCCCCAGCCCCUCUGAGCUGAAAAGCGAUGGCAAAGAGAGGGGGAGUCCAGAUGCCAGCUGGUCCGCUCCCAUCUUGUCCCUGGCCAAGAAAGCCUCGGAAAACUUAGCAGUGAGCUACGGAAACGCUCUGAAGUCUGCAGCUUCGGUAGGACUCAUUCCCAAACCACUCAGCAAUGACAGCUCAGCAAAACAAACCAGAUCCCACACAAUGGAAGAGCGUUCCAAUCUUGUGAAUAUGAUGAAGUUGAGUAUUAAAAUCUUAAUCCAGUCAGCUUUGAGUUUGGGAAGGACUCUUGAUUCUGACUUCCCUCCUCUGCAGCAGUUCUUUAUUGUUUUGGAACAUUGCCUCAAGCAUGGACUUAAAGCUAAGAAGAGUUUUAUUGGCCAGAACAAAUCAUUUUUUGGGCCUUUAGAAUUAGUGGAGAAACUUUGUCCAGAGGCAUCAGAUUUAGCAACAAGUGUCAGAAAUCUGCCAGAAUUAAAGACUCCAAUAGGAAGAGGCAGAGCUUGGCUUUAUCUUGCCAUGAUGCAAAAGAAACUGGCAGACUACUUGAAAGUACUCUUGGAUCACAAGUGUCUCUUGAGUGAAUAUUACGAGCCUGAUGCCUUGAUGAUGGAAGAAGAAGGAGCUGUGAUUGUGGGCCUUUUAGUGGGACUAAAUGUCAUUGAUGCAAAUCUCUGUUUAAAAGGAGAAGACUUGGAUUCCCAGGUAGCUGUGAUUGAUUUUUCUCUGUACCUUAAGGAUACACAGUGCAUUGAUAACGACAAAGGAGAUGAAGGAAUUACUGCUGUGCUUGACCAGAAACAUUAUGUAGAAGAACUUAAUCGACAUUUAAGUUGCACUGUUGGAGAUCUUCAGAGCAAGAUAGAGUGUUUAGAGAAAACAAAUUCCAAGCUCCAGGAAGAGCUAUCGGCAGCAACAGAUCGAAUCAAAGCUCUUCAGGAAGAACAACAGGACUUGAAACAGGAAAAUGAAUUAAUUCGUGAACGCAGUGAAAAGUAUGCUGAGGUAACUAAACUGGACACCAAAGUGGAACUGGAAACCUAUAAACAAUCACGACAAGGUCUAGAUGAAAUGUACAGUGAUGUCUGGAAGCAAUUAAAAGAGGAGAAAAGAAUUCGAAAGGAGUUGGAAAAAGAAUUGGAGCUUCAGACUGCAAUGAAAACAGAGAUGGAAAUUGCCAUGAAACUUCUAGAGAAAGAUACACAUGAAAAACAAGAUACCUUGGUUGCACUUCGCCAGCAGUUGGAGGAAGUUAAGGCUAUCAAUUUGCAGAUGUUCAAUAAAUCUCAGACUGCAGAGAGUUCUUUACAACAGAAAAAAGAAGCAAUAUCAUCCUUUGAAGGCAAAACAGAUCAAAUUAUGUCUUCUGUGAAAAAAUUGGAGGACAGACUGCAGAAUGCAGACAAAGCCAAGAAGCUUGCAGAAGAGAAAAAUGUCAAAUUGAAACAAGAAUUGGGAGGCAAAAUUGAAACUCUGAAGCAGCAAUUACUCCAACUGGAUAGCAACUGUUCAGUUAUUGAGAGAGAGUUAAAAACUGAGAAAGAACAGCGACAGAGUCUGCAGAGAGAGUUACACCAUGAGAAAGACACUACAGCUUUGCUGAAAGCUGAACUGCAGCAAGUAGAAGGUUUGAAAAAAGAAUUGCGAAAACUGCAGGAAGAGAAGCAGCAGCUAGAAAAGAUCUGUGAAGAACAAGAACAAGCCCUUCAAGAAAUGGGGCUUCAUCUAAGCCAAUCAAAACUUAAGAUGGAAGAUAUUAAAGAAGUAAAUAAAGCAUUAAAGGGCCAUGCAUGGCUAAAAGAUGAUGAAGCAACCAGCUGUAAGCAGUGUGAGAAAGAGUUCUCCAUUUCAAGAAGAAAGCACCAUUGUCGAAACUGCGGCCAUAUCUUUUGUAACACCUGUUCAAGCAAUGAACUUGCACUUCCAUCAUAUCCAAAGCCUGUACGAGUUUGUGAUACCUGCCAUACGUUACUGCUUCAGAGGUGUUCAUCAAAUUCUUCCUAAAAUCUAUAUUCCAGAAUGUUAAGACCAGGGAAUGAACCGAACAUGAAAUAUUUUUUAAUAUUCUAAACUCCAUUAACAUAUAUGGCACCGUGUAUUAUAUUCAAACAAGAAAAGAUUUUAUUUAUAAAAAUGGGAUACCAAAAUCAUGGAAACUAUUUUUUAUAGAUUAAGUGCCAGCAAAAUGUCAUAUUCAAAAAUACACUAUUUCAGAUGCACACACUUGUUAUUUUUAAGCUAAAAAAUCUAUUGUUUGAAUGUUAACUUUAUACUUCACAUUUAGAGAUUUGCUCUAAAACAAAUUAAUUUUCUGAACACUUCAUGGAUCUAUCUUCUGUAACAGUUCACUAAAAUUUCUGCUGAUCUGUAUAUAAUAAAUGAAAAUGUUAUCUUAAAAGUUAAAUCUAUGGAAGCAUUUUUAAAGAAUGUAUGCUUGGAUGUGCCUUCUAAAUCUUUCAAAAGUGAACAGAAUAACAUACUGUAAGUUAUGUGAUUACGCAAUAAAGUUGAUCCAUACUUGGUACAUGUUCCUUAAUGUAUUCAUCACUAAAUUUCCUUUUUUGUUAUUAAAUUAUCAAAGUACUGCACUUUUAAGGUGUGUUAUCUGUGAUGGACUUCAAAAGGUAUACUACAGAAAUUAAUGGAUCUAUCCUUCCAGGGUUUCCAUAGAAAUACAGUUUUUUAAUUAUCAAAAUUGGGACAGAAUUAUCUGUUUGUAAAUGAGUUGCACUUGAUUGCCAGUCAGUGGCAAUCUGAAUCACUGGCCAACUGAAUCAUUUGGUUGUUAAGCUAUUUUAGCUUCCUCCAUUGAUAUUGUUUGUCUGGGAAGGUUGCAAAUUGUGAUCAUGUGACACCCCCAUCCACCCCCGAUGCUGCAACCAUUGUAAAUGUAUGUCUAUCAAGCACCCAAAUUUCGAUCGUGACUGCAGAGAUGCUGCAACAAUCAGUCACUUUUUCAGUACUAUUAUAACUUUGAAUUCAUUUUUUUACAAUUAGGCAGGAAUUACAUAGCUUUACCCUGCAAAGUAUUAAAAGCUGCACAAACCACAUAUGGUAAAUGUUGUCAUGUCUUUUGUAGCUUGGAGACAUAGAAAAGACUGACUAUGAAAUGAACAUCCUGAAAAAGCAAGCAGUUGAGUCUUCAAUUACUAAUUUGCAUCUGUUAGACGGAAAUCAGUCUUUAAAGGCAUAAAGUUAAGCAUCAUUAAAACAUGGUUGCCUGUAUGUUGUACUAGUCCAGGGGUGUCAAACCCAUGGCCUCACGUCACGUGACAUAUUGCGACUUUGCCCUUUGCUAGACCAGCGUGGCCAGCGCAUCUGACCCAUGGGCCGUGAAUUUGACACCCCUGUACUAGUCUAAUAGAAUAUGGAUAGCGAGGGCUCAGUGUAAAGAAAAUUUUAAUUUAAGUUGGAAUAAUUAAAUAUUAAUAAUCACAAUGAAGCCAUCAGCUAAGUGGCUAUGUCAACCUGAAUCAAGUUGGAAAAAACAGGAAAUGCAUUUUGCUUGAAAUGAAAUAAAACAAUGAGAAUAAAAAAAUAGAAGCAUGUUUGAAAUUCAGUAAGGCAAAAAGAUAAAUUUAAAUGGUUGAAGCAAUAACAUGGUUCAGAGGAAAGGUUGGACAAGGAAGAAACAGAAUUAAAAAAUGAUGGUAUAGAAAGAACCACAACGUGAACAGGAAAUGUAAAAUAAAUUUCAUUACUAAGAGACAAACUGGAAUUCCUUCCUCAGAUACAGUAUACAUGUAACAUAUUGGAGAUAAAGUAUCAGUGACUAAUGGCCUUCAAGCAAUUACAAGGCUUUUUCAGGCACACCCAGUUCAGGCUUUGGUAUUUCGUUCAGCAGUCAAACAAAUCUGAUUUAGAUGACCUCUGUUGAGUAUGCUUGAGAUGCAAUGAGUAAGUCUAAACUCUAGCAUGUGUUAAAACCCAAUGCCCAAAUAAUAGUAUUCCUUAGCUCAAUCGUGCAUGUUACUUAACAAAGGUUCUCAAUGCACCCACCCACAACUCUUUUGUAAAUCACUGAAUAUUACAACUACCAUUUGUAUAUUGCUGAAAUUAAUAAAACUAGAAAAAUCCCGUUCAGAUUUAUCAGACAUUGUUUUAACAGAUAGCCAUUCCUUUCCCCAUCCCCCAACAUUUAAUACACUGUACUGAUAGUCCUUGCUUACUUAACAUAAUUGGGACCAGGAACUCUUGACAUCAAAUGAAUGCAAUUGUAAAGUACGUUAUCACAUAACCAUGUCAAUUUAUGUUUAUUCUAGGAGCUCCAGAUGCCAUUAGGCUAAUCCCAAAGUCCCAGCUUUCCAAGGUCAUUUGAUCCCCAGACAUUGCUUGUCAGAAGCAGCAAUGAAUGAAGAUCACAAUAGUGAUCACAUGAUUGUACUUAUACAAUGGCCAUAAGUACAAGGACCGGUCUUAAAUGUUCAUUCAGCACCACCAGAACUCUGAACAGCUGGUGAAUGAGCAAAUGUUAAAUGAGUACCCGUACAUGUAUUUCACAACCUGUGGGGACACCUUAUGAAAUAUUUAUGAAGCCUUAUGAAAUAUUUAUAUUUCAAAAUAUGUUAAAAGUUCUGUGGACUAUUUUUUUAACAGUUUGCAUCAAGUGGAAUGAUCUAUGCACUAAUGUUUUAUACAUCUCCUACUUUAAAACAGCACAGUAUUCAUGUAUUUUGGUACUCUUAAAUGUCAAUCUAAAAAAAUACUAUGUGGGCAAAAAUAUUUUACAAAUUAUAAUCACUAUCUGCUUUCUAAGCUAUUCAAAACUAUUUCAUAAACACAGAAUAUUUCCUAUUGAUAAUCAGUAUACAAUUAUUGUUCUAGUAAUAUUUACUUUUCUAUGCAAUUUCAUUUUAACUGCCAUUUAUGACUAACUUGGCUAUAAUAAUUUCUAAUGUGCAAGAAUUGUUGCCAGGAAAUAUAAUGCUCAUUUAAAUCAAGAGAUGUUCCCAGUUUUUAAAAGGAAGUUUUAUUUGAACAAGUUUCACUUAGCGCAAUACACCUAAAAAUAAAUCACAACACAAUAAAAGAUUAAACCAAGGUCUCAGAUGUCAUCUGAACACUAAGACCAAAAUCCUAAAGGUAAGCUGUAUUGCACCUCACAUUUCCCUAUUAACUUAAAAAGCGUAAAUGUGCCUUACGAGAUAUUAAAAGAAAAAACUAGAACUAACAUGCCAAAGGUUCACUUGAAUUUCCAACACAGCUCCUAUAACUUGUUUGUACAAAAAGCAUGUUCCUGAACAUGCACUGAAAAGUGUUUGGUGUUAU